GAUUCAAUUGGACUCGUUGACGGUCGUUUUCCCGCCUCCCGCCACCAGCCUCAUAAUCUCACUGUCGACAAACGAGUUUUAACAGACGAAUACCGCAAAAAUGGGUGACCACCAUCGAGAUGUUUCGCAGUACAAGUACUCGGCUAUGUCCAACCUGGUUCUCCAGGCGGACAGACGGUUUGUCACGCGACGAACCGACGAGGCUACUGGUGACCCCGAAUCGCUUGCCGGUCGUUUGAGAAUCAAUGACAUGGGCUCUAGAGUUGCACGCGACCAAGCACCUAAGCAGAAAAAGGCUUCUGGUCUACCUAAUGUCCAAAGGGGCGACAUGCAAGAGGGACAGGAUAUCCUAGCUCGAGAGCAACGAAAACGAAAAGGCGACCCAUCGCAGAUGCGAGCAACAGGCAUUCUGGGACAGACAGAUCUCCUAGUCGAGGGUCUCAGAUACCGGCCACGUAUACCGGCUACCCGUGCUACCUACGAUCUCAUAUUAAACGUUGUUAGAAGCAACCUUGGUGAUGUGUCUCACGAGAUUGUUCUAAGUGCGGCAGAUGCUGUCUUAGAGUACCUAAAGGAUGAAGAUAUGAAGGAUUUCGACAAGAAGAAGGAAAUCGACGACCUGCUGGGUGUUUCGCUAAACCCCAAACAAUUCAACGAGUUGGUCAACCUCGGAAAGAAGAUUACAGAUUAUGAUACCCAAAAUGAUGACGAGGAAAUGGACACGGGUGCUGGCGCAGCCGAAGGCGAUGAGGAGCUUGACGAACGUCAGGGUGUCGCUGUUGUCUUCGACGACGAAGAAGAGGACGGUGAAGCCUUAUUAGACGAAGUUCGGGACGAAUCGUCAGACGAUGAAGUAGCUGCCGACGGUGAUGAGGAGGAUCUUACUGGUCUCGAAGAACGAGCGACGGCAGGCGGUGCUGCGGAAGACCGAGACGAGGAAAGCGCCGGCUUAGCUGACGGGGAAGAAAUGGUGAUCGACUCUGGAUUACCAGACAGCAAGCGUGCGGGUACUUCUAAGGAGACCAACUAUAUCCCUGCACGCCAGAUCGAUGCAUACUGGUUGCAAAGAGAGAUAGGCAACAUAUACACCGACGACCAUAUCCGACAUGAGAAAACUACCCAGGCAUUGCAUAUACUUUCCGGGGAAGCUGAUGAGCCUGGCGGGGAUGAGAAACCACUCAGAGAGAUCGAAAAUGAGUUGAUGGAGCUCCUCGACUUUGAACAUCAUGAAGUUGUUCAGAAGCUCAUUGAGAACCGCGAGAAGAUCGUGUGGCUUACACGCUUGGCUAGGGCAGAAGGUGACGAGGAAAAGGGUGUCAUCGAACGGGAGAUGGCUUCUGAGGGCGUUAGAUGGAUUCUGGACGAGCUUCGAGGUAGAAAGGCAGCCGAUGGCGCAAAGAAGAUGGAGAUCAAGAUGGACAUCGACGUCCCAGCAUCGUUCAGCACUGCGCCAAAGGAGGAGCGAGCAGAAGGUCAACUGGUCGGUGGCCUCCAACCACGGAAGUUCAUCAAUCUCGAAAAUCUUGUGUUUGACCAAGGCAACCAUCUUAUGACAAAUCCGAAAGUCAAGCUCCCUGAAGGCUCAACGAAACGGACAUUCAAGGGUUACGAAGAGAUCCACGUUCCUCCACCGAAGAAACGCGGCCAAGCAGACGAAACUAACAUCCCCAUUACCGAUAUGCCUGAGUGGGCACGCGUGCCUUUCAGCUCAGCUAAGUCCCUUAAUAAAAUCCAGACGAAGUGCUUUCCAGCAGCCUUUGAGGAUGAUGGGAAUAUGCUCAUCUGCGCUCCGACUGGUAGUGGUAAAACGAACGUAGCUAUGCUGACCAUUCUACGAGAGCUUGGGAAGCACCGAGAUCCUAAAACGGGAGACAUUGACUUGGACGCUUUUAAGAUUGUAUACAUUGCGCCUUUAAAGGCCUUGGUCCAGGAACAAGUUGGAAACUUUGGUGCCCGCCUGAAGCAAUAUGGCAUAACCGUCUCUGAGUUGACUGGUGACCGUCAACUCACCAAGCAGCAAAUCGCCGAAACUCAGAUAAUUGUCACAACCCCAGAGAAAUGGGACGUCAUCACGCGAAAAGCUACAGACUUGACGUACACAAACCUCGUGCGGUUGAUUAUUAUUGACGAAAUUCACCUUCUACACGAUGAAAGAGGCCCUGUCAUCGAGAGCAUUGUGAGCAGGACAAUUAGGAAGACAGAGCAGACUGGUGAUCCGGUCAGGCUUGUUGGUUUGUCUGCUACACUACCUAACUAUCGAGACGUUGCUAGCUUCCUCCGUGUAGACCCUACCAAAGGUCUCUUUCAUUUUGAUGGUUCCUUUCGGCCGUGUCCUCUAAGACAAGAGUUCAUUGGCGUUACUGAGAAGAAAGCCAUCAAACAACUCAAGACGAUGAAUGAUAUCACCUAUAAUAAGGUCAUCGAACAUGUGGGCACUCACCGAAACCAGAUGCUCAUUUUCGUUCAUUCUCGGAAGGAAACCGCGAAGACUGCGCGGUAUGUCCGGGACAAGGCCCUUGAGAUGGAAACGAUUAACCAAAUUCUGAAGCACGAUUCAGGCUCCAGAGAAGCUUUGAAUGAGAUCGUCAAUGAUAUUACUGAUACUGACCUAAAGGAUCUCAUUCCUUACGGAUUUGGCAUCCACCAUGCUGGUAUGAGUCGUAUCGAUCGAUCGGAAGUUGAGGGCCUCUUCGCUUCCGGCUUAAUCCAAGUCCUUGUUUGUACGGCUACUCUUGCCUGGGGUGUCAAUUUACCGGCGCAUACCGUCAUUAUCAAGGGCACUCAGGUUUACUCGCCCGAGAAGGGUAGUUGGGUAGAGUUGAGUCCACAAGACGUCCUGCAGAUGUUGGGUCGUGCUGGGCGACCCCAAUACGACACUUAUGGUGAGGGUAUUAUCAUUACGUCUCAAAGUGAGAUGCAAUACUACCUAUCACUACUCAACCAGCAACUUCCCAUCGAGAGUCAAUUCGCUAGCAAGCUCGUGGAUAACCUCAAUGCAGAAAUCGUUCUUGGCAAUGUACGAAAUAGAGACGAAGGAGUAGAAUGGCUUGGAUACACGUAUCUCUUCGUUCGAAUGUUGAAGUCGCCUGGUCUUUACAGCGUGGGGGCUGACUACGAGGACGAUGAAGCCCUAGAGCAAAAGCGCGUUGAUCUAAUACAUUCGGCGGCUACUGUUCUGAAGAAGUCUAACUUGAUCACCUAUGAUGAGAAGACUGGAAAAGUUAAGGCAACCGAGCUCGGAAGAAUAGCAUCACAUUACUACAUCACUCAUGGAUCGAUGGACACUUACAACAAGCUCAUUCAACCUUCGAUCACGACGAUUGAGCUUUUCCGAGUGUUCGCUCUGAGCGCUGAGUUCAAGUAUAUCCCUGUUCGCCAGGAUGAAAAGUUGGAGCUCGCAAAGAUUCUAGCUCGAGUACCGAUACCCGUGAAGGAGAGCAUCGAGGAACCGCAUUGCAAGAUAAAUGUGCUUUUACAAGCGUAUAUCAGUCGCCUUAAGCUCGAGGGCUUGGCUCUCAUGGCUGAUAUGGUCUACGUCACGCAAUCUGCCGGUCGUAUUCUUCGCGCGAUAUUCGAGAUUACUCUCCAAAAGGGAUGGUCUAACGUUACCAAGACGGCCUUGGACUUGUGCAAGAUGGCAGAAAAGAGAAUGUGGCUCACUAUGACUCCACUUCGCCAAUUCCCUCGUUGUUCUCGAGAUAUUAUCACGAAGGCUGACGGCUUGGAUGUUCCAUGGAGUAGUUAUUUCGACCUAGAUCCUCCGCGCAUGGGAGAGCUCCUUGGAAAACCGAAGGCAGGCCGUUUGGUGUGUGACCUAGUAGCCAAAUUCCCGAGGGUCGAGAUCCAAGCUCAGGCCCAGCCAAUGACUCGCUCCAUGCUUCGGGUCGAGCUGUCUAUCACACCGAAUUUCCAAUGGGAUGAUGAGUUGCAUGGAUCGGCAGAAAGUUUCUGGAUUAUCGUUGAAGAUUGCGACGGCGAGGAUAUUCUCUUCCAUGACCAGUUCCUACUGCGCAAGGAUUAUGCAGUAUCAGAGAACAACGAGCACCUAGUUGACUUCACAGUGCCCAUUACUGAACCUAUGCCCCCUAACUACUUCAUUUCCGUAGUUUCCGACAGAUGGUUGCAUUCAGAGACCAAGUUAGCCGUGUCGUUCCAGAAGCUCAUCCUCCCCGAGAAAUUCCCCCCUCAUACUCAGCUUUUGGAUCUACAACCGCUCCCGAUCGCUGCACUGAAAGCAAAGGACUACUCUAACCUUUACGAGUCUUGGAGUUAUUUCAACAAAAUCCAGACGCAGACGUUUAAUUCCCUCUAUACGACGGACGACAACGUCCUGAUUGGGGCACCGACUGGUAGUGGAAAGACUGUUUGUGCCGAGUUUGCCAUCCUGCGUCUUUGGUCCAAGCCAGAAAUUGGACGUGCUGUCUAUAUCGCACCGUUCCAGGAAAUUGUUGACAUCAGAUACCAAGACUGGACUAAGCGGCUUCGUCACUUACGUGGCGGCAAGGAGAUCGUUAAGCUUACUGGAGAAACAGCAACGGAUCUCAAGCUGCUCGAAAAGGGAGAUCUCAUUUUGGCUACUCCAACGCAGUGGGAUGUUUUAUCUCGACAGUGGCAAAGACGCAAGAAUAUCCUCACCGUCGAGUUGUUCAUCGCUGAUGAGCUUCACUUGCUUGGUGGUCCGUUGGGUUAUAUCUACGAGAUCAUAGUAUCUCGGAUGCAUUACAUUCGCACUACCGCUAGUCUGGAUAUGCGAAUCGUUGGGUUAAGCGUUUCACUCGCGAAUGCCCGAGAUAUUGGCGAAUGGAUCGAUGCUAAAAAGAAGGACGUGUACAAUUUCAGUCCCCACGUCCGUCCCGUACCGCUGGAACUUCGCAUCCAAUCUUUCUCCAUCCCUCAUUUCCCAUCGCUCAUGCUUGCCAUGGCCAAGCCAGCGUAUCUUGCAAUCACGGAAAUGUCGCCAGAUCAGCCAGCACUGGUUUUCGUUCCAAGCAGAAAACAGACGAGAUCAAGCGCGCGCGAUAUUCUUGCCGCUUGCCUCGCAGAAGACGAUGAAGAUAGGUUCCUACAUGUAGACAUUGACCAGCUUCGCCCACUUCUGGAACGUGUCCAGGAAGAAGCGUUAGCUGAAGCACUUUCGCACGGUGUCGGCUAUUACCACGAAGCUCUCAGCCAGAAUGACAAGCGUAUUGUCCUCCACCUUUAUAAUCAAGGUGCAGUUCAAGUCUUGGUCGCAUCCCGUGAUGUAUGCUGGGAACUGGACUGCAGCGCACAUCUAGUUGUGGUAAUGGGCACUCAAUAUUUCGAGGGUCGCGAACACCGGUAUGUCGACUACCAGCUAAGCGAAGUAUUGCAGAUGUUUGGAAAAGCUCUGCGCCCUUCCCGAGAGGGUCGCAGCCGAGGUGUUUUAAUGGUCCCAGGCGUUAAGAGGGAAUACUUCAAGAAGUUCUUGAACGAGGCCCUUCCGGUCGAGUCCCACCUCCACAAUUUUGUCCAUGACGCUUUCGUUACCGAGGUCAGCACCAAGAUGAUCGAAUCUGCGGAUGAUGCUAUCAACUGGACGACGUUUACGUAUUUCUACCGCCGACUCUUGGCAAAUCCCAGCUACUACAGUUUGACAAGCCCAACACACGAUGGGCUAAGCAACUACCUCUCUGACCUAGUGGAGACUACCCUAAAAGAACUUACGGAAUCCAAGAUUAUUGAUUUUGACGAGGAUGAUGGCUCAGUUGCUCCUCAGAAUGCAGCUAUGAUUGCGGCCUACUACAAUAUCUCGUACAUCACAAUGCAGACCUUCCUAUUGUCAUUGACUGCGAGAACGAAGCUCAAAGGUAUUCUUGAGAUCGUGACGUCGGCUACGGAGUUUGAAUCGAUCCAAAUCCGACGCCACGAAGACAAUCUACUCCGGCGCAUCUAUGACAGGGUUCCGGUCAAGAUGUCCGAGGCGGCAUACGACUCACCGCAUUUCAAGGCGUUCGUGUUGCUACAAGCGCACUUCUCGCGGAUGCAACUCCCCAUUGACCUUGCUAAAGACCAAGAAUUAGUUGUAUCGAAAAUCUUGAGUCUUUUGAGCGCAACAGUCGAUGUUCUCUCCUCUGACGGGCAUUUGAAUGCCAUGAACGCCAUGGAAAUGUCUCAGAUGGUGGUUCAAGCCAUGUGGGACCGCGACAGUCCCUUAAAGCAGAUCCCUCAUUUUACACCGGAGGUAGUGAAGGUGGCAAAUGAAUUCGGGAUUAAUGACAUUUUCGAUUUCAUGGAGGCAAUGAAUCCCGAGGAAAACAAGAAUUAUUCUACGCUUGUCAAACGCCUCGGUUUGACGCAAUCACAAUUGGCUCAAGCAGCGGCUUUCACGAACAAUAAAUACCCCGAUAUCUCCCUCGAAUUUGAGCUUGUGGACGAGGACAAUAUCCACGCGGGAGAACCGGCGUACAUAAACGUCCAGAUCGAGCGUGAGGUAGAAGAGGAGGACGGGGAAGUUGACACGACAGUCCACGCUCCAUUCUACCCCGCCAAGAAGGUGGAGAAUUGGUGGCUGGUCGUUGGAGAGGAGAGCACGAAGACGCUGCUCGCAAUCAAGCGGGUCACGAUUGGCCGGCAACUCAAGGUUAAGUUGGAGUACACAGUCCCGACACCCGGCAAACAUGACUUGAAGUUGUUCUUGAUGAGUGACAGUUACGUCGGCGUGGACCAAGAACCGACCUUUUCGGUGACGGUUGCGGAGGGUAUGGACGUCGACUCGGACGAGGAAGAAGAAGAUGAUGAGGAGGAUGAGUAAACCCCUCAGGGCAUCCCCGCGGGACUCUCCACAGGUGGGAUUACGCCUAUCUAGUGUAUGAAAAGCUUACUGUACAUAUAGCAAGUCAUUCGGGGAGGCGAAAGAGGCUGCCCGGCGAAUGAUCUAGGGAAAAAAGGGAUAGGUCAAAACGUUUACUACUUAAGUUCUCUUAUCGCCAACUGGUCUUUAAUGAGGAUAUUUUCUGAUUCCAUGAUUAAAUUAUGAGUGAUGCAGAUGAUGGGGCUGCGUGAGUUGGGCUUUCUGUGGGAGAGGGCUGAUGCCGGCUCAGAUGUCAUCAGGACUCAUCAGACAAACCGAACCGGGAGGUAGAUGCAAACGAAGGUUUGCGGAGUAGAGGGAAGAUGAGCUGGUGUGGGUAAAUGACUAUAGAAGAUGAAGGAAUACAGGUGGCUAUGUUGGCGAGUGCGGAUUGCCAAGGGGGGGUGUGUGUGUUUCUCAGGGUGGGUUGGCGUUACCUACCUUGCCUCCUUACCUAAGUACCUCCAGCUGCCGCUACGUAUCAAAUCUCGGUAGGCGAUACUUCAUAGGCAGGCAGGCAUGUAAACAGUAAGAAAAGGAGACCCACGUACAAAUUUGUACCGGCGCAAAUCUGAACCAAAACGUACCAGGACGACCAAGUCUACCUACCAAGGACGUAGGCCAAGCAAGGCUGCCCGCUCACUUUAGAUACCUCAUAGACAAUAAUAAGCUGCCAUAUUAACGCCGUCGCUUCCCUGGCUUUCUCCAG